GUUUGGAAUGAUAACAUUCCAUGCUACAUUCUUUAUCUUUUCCCUGCUGUUUUCGGUGUUUGCCUAAUGUUUGAUCUUCGACUGUUUGAUGUAUAAUUAGGCAUUAUCCGCUGUUUUUUUCUGUGCUGUUUUUCUCUUUUACUUUUAUCUAUGCUCUAAUUAUUUGAUUAUCUCCUACUGUAUUCAGCGUGUGUUUGGUCAUUGAUUCAGUAAACCAAGUUUUGUUAAGUAGGGAAGUGUUAUUUGAGAAUCGUCACUACAUGUUAGGCCUUCGAAUCGUUUUGUUCCUUUUAUUGCUUUGUUUUAUGAAGUAAACGAAAAUAUCUUCAAGAAUUUCUUCCGUACAUGAAACACUCUUCUGCCCUUGCCGAACGUGUUGAAAUUUGAGAAAAUAUUGUUCUGAAUGACAUCUGAGAAUUCGAAGGGGAACAUAGCCGUCGAAAUACCCAGGUGAUCAGAAGAAAAUAAUAUUCGUUAUUUUGAACUGUGUUGUGCAACUUUUUUUUAUUCUUUGAAUCCGUGACCUUGCUUCUGAAGUUUUAGUUGAGUCAGUUUUUAUAACCGUGCCAUUUUUCGAAGGACCAUGAGCUCAUCACUUUCAGUAAAAACUUGUGUCAUUGGAUCACAAGGCGUAGGAAAAACAAGUAUGAUAUUUCAGCUUAGUAUGAAGCAGUUCAAAACAAAUGUUACACCAACAAUUGGAGCUUCUUUCUCUUGUAAAGUCAUAGAUAUUGAUUCUUAUACGAUACGCUUCCAAAUAUGGGACACAGCAGGACAAGAAACGUACAAAUCUAUGCUUCCAAUGUAUUACAGAAAAGCGAACUUAGCGAUAGUGGUUUUUGAUAUUACUUGCUACGAAAGUUUCGCUAACCUUCCGAAAUGGAUCGAAGAACUUCAAAGAAAUGCUGACAAUGAUUGUAUCAUUUGCAUAGUUGGCAACAAAUUAGAUUUAGAGCACAGAAGGGUGGUUGACGGAAACAAAGCUGCUCAGUUUGCGAAAUCCAUUGGCGCACUUUAUUUCGAAACGUCAGCCAAAACAAAUGAAGGUAUCAUGGAUGUAUUUAUUCAUGUCGCCAGACAAAUGAUCAACUCUUACAAACGUCGAAAAUCUUCGACGGGGAGUCAGAAUCCUCCAGUGAAGCUAGAAAUGGCUUCCAAAGAAAAUGAAUCCCAUUGUUGCUCAUAACAUUCUUUAGGUCAGCUCUCAACACACGUCGAACAAUUUCUCUGGAUGUUGGUGAAAACCGUUUAUGUUAGUAUUUGCAUGUUUAUUGCCGUAGAUAAAGUAAUUCUUGGAUUGCACAUCUGUACGCAUCGGGAAAAAACGAAAUAUAUCCUAUGUUUAUUGUGAUACAAUUGAAGACUUUUCACUCAUUAGGGAAUAACUUAGUUUCAUUCAGUUCCGACGUUUUCUUUCAAAAUAUUUCAUUGGCAGAAAAAUGUUAAUUCAUACAUUAAUAUCGUACAUGCGUGCGGAAUGUCAUAUGCAACUUACAUACGCACCAUUUACAUUGUUUCAGCAUUUAAAUCUAGUGGUUUUUUGUUUAAAACAUUUACAGUGGCUCAUAUUUGUUCUUGGACACAUAUGUGUUUUAAAUUUACUUUUAAAAAAUAUCAUCUAAAUAUAAUACAAUUUACUUUAAAAAUGUUCAUAUAAACUUUCUUUUGUUUAUAAUAAAACCUACAUAGUGUAAUGAAAUUGAAUUCAUUAACUUUUUUUGAUAAAAUUAUUUUACCGAGAAAAUGUUAAAAGAUCGAUCUCUCUUAUGUAAAGGAGCGUUUGAAAACUAUACUAAAUUUUUUGACAGACGAUAUUUGUUGUUAUUUAUUUUUAAUAUGAAUGGAAGUAAAUAUAUAUCAAAUAUCGUCUGCACUUUGAAAUUACUAUUACUUCAUGCAAAUUUGUUUGAUUUCCUAAAUUUGAAGGGAACAUGGCCCUACAUUACAGAGUUACGACCAAUUCUAUUAGGAAUUUAACCAUAGAGCAGAACUUUAAGAAAAUUUUUUUAAGUAAAUCAUUUAGCUGUGUUUAAUAUUAUAAAACGAUAGAAACUCUGUCGAAUUUUUGAAAAAGCAUUGAAAUCAUGAGCUCUUCACAAACUAACUCAGAGGUAUCAAAGGUUUAUCAUUAAUAAAAUCCAAGAUUUAAUGAGGUGCAACUUACAACAGAAUUAGAUAAAAGAUUUACAGUCAAUGUGAACUGUUAGACGAAUUAUUGAAUCAUGUUCAUUCGAGUUGUAUUAAUGAAAGAAUACGAAAGUGAUGUCUGGAUUUUGAAAAAUCCGUGAGAGACAUUACAAAUCAGUGUCAUAUUUGUGAAAGUUCCAAAAUUUGCGUCUGAUGGAUGUCUACAGAAAGCAUAACGAAGAGCUCAAUCCGAGAAGACUAUUGCCAGCGGUCAAACGCUUUGGGGAUGUUUGACUGUUUCUAGUAUGGAAAAUGUAAUUUUCAUUUAAAAUAACCAAUAUAUUUGUGAAAGUUCCAAAAUUUGCGUCUGAUGGAUGUCUACAGAAAGCAUAACGAAGAGCUCAAUCCGAGAAGACUAUUGCCAGCGGUCAAACGCUUUGGGGAUGUUUGACUGUUUCUAGUAUGGAAAAUGUAAUUUUCAUUUAAAAUAACCAAUAUAUUUGUGAAAGUUCCAAAAUUUGCGUCUGAUGGAUGUCUACAGAAAGCAUAACGAAGAGCUCAAUCCGAGAAGACUAUUGCCAGCGGUCAAACGCUUUGGGGAUGUUUGACUGUUUCUAGUAUGGAAAAUGUAAUUUUCAUUUAAAAUAACCAAUAUAUUUGUGAAAGUUCCAAAAUUUGCGUCUGAUGGAUGUCUACAGAAAGCAUAACGAAGAGCUCAAUCCGAGAAGACUAUUGCCAGCGGUCAAACGCUUUGGGGAUGUUUGACUGUUUCUAGUAUGGAAAAUGUAAUUUUCAUUUAAAAUAACCAAUAUAUUUGUGAAAGUUCCAAAAUUUGCGUCUGAUGGAUGUCUACAGAAAGCAUAACGAAGAGCUCAAUCCGAGAAGACUAUUGCCAGCGGUCAAACGCUUUGGGGAUGUUUCUAGUAUGGAAAAUGUAAUUUUCAUUUAAUAUAACUAUAUAAAUAUCUUGAAAGAAAAUUUGAAAAAUAUAUGCCCAAGUAUAUUUGGAAUUCAAACCAUGUUCGAGUAGUAUCAAAAUAAAAAUCUCAAACAUACAGCUCUAAAUUCUAGCUUAAGGUUGCUGUUAUCAUUCAAACUUCACCGUAUUCCCCAGAUUUCAAUCUAAUUCCAAUUGUGUUGCAUAAAUUGAAGACGAACAACUGAAAAAGUAUUAAUAAUGGGAUUGAAUGAAAUUCUUACAAAUAUAAAUUAGCUUCAAUCCAUUCCAGAACAUAUAAUUUCAGCUAAAAGAUACGCAACAAAAUAUUACAUUGUUUGAUUUUUGCAUAUUUUUGUUUACAUUUGUUGAAUGUGUGCAUUUACUUAUGUGAGAUUAUUUUUAACACUUUCACGCUAAAGUAAUUUUUUUCAAAAAGAAGUAUUUAAUUUUAUUUAAGACAAAAGAAAGUUAAUAAAAAAAUUUAAGCAAAUAUUUGGAUGAUGUUUUUAAAUUUCAAUUUCAAAAGCAGUAAGUAUUCAAAAGUGAAUGUGAUCCACUGUAAGGAAAAAUAGAAGAUUUUAACUUCAUUGGAAGAUUUUGAAACAAAACCAAUAAAUUUCCUAACAUUUCUAAUAAUUACCAAUCUCUAAACUUCAUCGAUAUUUUUUUAUUGUUGCUAUUUUAACCAUUGAAACACUUUCUUUGAACCGUUACAUUUGGUUAUUAACAGAUUAAUCCAAUGAUACUCCUUUAAUAAGUUUGAUAUUAUGUGCUGAUACUCUGUGCUGGUUCUUCGUCUUCCAAUGAAAAUAAAGCCUUUUUAUUCAUUUAAAUUUGCAUACAUUAGAUUUAACAUCAAAAAUUACUGGUGUAUUUAUACAGUAAUUUUUGGUACUAAUUGGUACUAAUUUGGUACUAAUUGGCACUAAUUUGGUACUAAUUUUUGGUAAUAAUUACUGGUGUUAUGGUGUUAUUAUAUUAGCAUUAUAACGUAAAACAUUUUAUUAAAACGCUUAAAAAAGCGGUAAGUUAGAAAGAAUUAAAAUGUUUUUGAUGAAUAAUUAGAAUAAAAUUUAUGAAUGAUAAUUCAGCUGUAUUUUUUAUAACAGUGGAAUUGUUAUUUCACAAUUUACGAUAAGAAUGAACUUCAUGAUGUAUUUUAUUUCUGUUAGCUACGAUACAAUAAGCUUAACAUUAGAGUUAAAGCUUAAACCGAACAUGUAAAAUCUGAUUUGUUUAUGCAUUCUUUGUAAUUCAUUUUCAAGGUUAUAAACUCACUGAUGUGUAAAAUUGAAGAUUCUCACAAAAGAUAUCAUUUGUGUGGAGAUGUCAACAAUUUGCAAACAUCGACCUUGCGCUGAUCGGAGAAUAGUAUGUUUGUCAGUCUCUUUGCCAUUCCAUAAAUAGUGAGUAAGUUUAUAGCGACAGAAGAGAGCUAUAUCUUUCAAUCUCUUUCUAUACAAAAUAGAAUCGCUCAGACCUAGUGCUUUACGAAUGUCAAAAUUUUAAAUUAAUUUCUGGAAUUCAGAAAAACUAAAAGAAGGCUUUUGCUUCUACAUUGGUUAGCAUCAAUUGUUUCAUUCGUCGUUUCGAACUCCAAGAACGUAAACUAACAGGCAACUUCCAAGCAAGGUUGCAUAGAAUAAUAUGCUAGUUAUGGGAUAAAUAUAUCUACAGAUCUAUAGCCAAUGACAACUCUACCUAAAUGUAUGGAGGAAAAGAGCUGGCGUACUUGAUUAGAAUUUGCUUUUCAGUUAUAAUAAUUGGUAUUCUGUGCAAUAAAUAUUUGAAUUUAAAACAAAUUCUGUAUUAUGUAAAACUGUGUAAAACAAUUCUGCAUUGAAUGUUUUCCAUG